AUGGCGCACGUCGAGAUCAAGAUCAAGGGCGAUCAUCAACGUCACCACGACCUGCAGGGCGUCCGUAAUUACGCUGAAUCAGGCUCGAGCAGCCCUGAAGAGCGUGGCCAGACUGACUCGGACGGCACUGCCAGCCCCGACGGAGCGCAGUGCGGACUCCCCGGCAACCAGAACAGCGCCAGCAACUCAAUCUCUGCCUUGAGCUCCAUUAGCCCUGACGAGGCUGCAGCAGUGCCGACUAUCGCUCCUAGCGCUGUCAACGAAGUCUCAGUCCUCUUGCCCUCAAACUCGACUCUACGCCUGCGCCCCCGCAGGCGUGCGAGGUCCAACGCCAUUGUGGGACCCGGUCCGAUUCCCCAGAUUCCUACCUCCACCAGCACCUGCUCGACUGGUACCGCCCCCUCGCCUGCCUUGUCCACCCCCUCUCCCGGCUCGGCUAGUUUCGCGGACUCUACGGACCAAACUUCGUCCGAGACCGGUGGCGCAAGCCCCGCGUGGGCUGAUCAGUUGCCCCGCAAUGGACGCCCCCUCGUCGGCAUCCGCGCCAAGUACAAGCCUGGUGGCCUCAACGGCUACCCUGCACCUGAUGUACUCGCCAACAACAUCAUCGCUCUCGCCAGUGUCUCGACUGCCGGUCCGCAGACCCUUGAGGAGAUUGACGCUAUCAGCGCGGAGGCCACCGCCAAUGCUGCCGCUACUACCUACGCCACCAACGUUGCCACCCAGCCCAAUGGCACUUACACCUCCACUCGCCCUCGCGCCCGUUCCGUCCGCUUCGAUGAUGAAACCGCCCGCAGCAUUAUUGCCAACUUCCGUGGGACCGCUGAGGACUCGCCCCCUUCUCCUCCCAAGCCCUCCCCCCGUCGCCGCCUCUCGCUCCCCUCCUUCCAGGAGCCCGAUGGUCUGCACUGCCCCGGCCGUGAUGAGCUUAGGUCCAACCGCCGUGCGUCUGACCCCGGUCUUCCUGGUCUGCGCGACAUCAUGAUGCGCCGCCUCUUCCGCUCAGCCAAUGACAAUGCCUCUAGCCCUACUGAUGUCGACCGCAACGAGGCUUCUGAGGCUCAGACUGUGGAGCAUAACGGUAUCGCCCCUCAGUCCGUGCUCGACGACAUCCAGGACGCUGUUAUGAUCACCCCUCGUCGUCGCAACCGCUUGCGUCGUAGCCCUCUCAUUGACCCCGUUCUCGAGGUUGACGAGUCGCGCGAGACUCCGCCCCGCUGGGCCUUGGAUUUCGAUAACUUCAUCAACGGCCUCGAGGACCAGGACGACGAUGAAAGCGCCGAGGAGGACGAGGACGAGGACGAGGACAAGACUGACUCUUUUUCCGAAAUCAACGAGUCAGUCGGUCACUAG